GUCUACGGCGCUACAUCAGGUCACUCGUGGUCUGGCUGGCACCUGCGACACUCUAGUCCCGGACUUGUAACAGCCAACGGGCGUGCUUUUCGUUUCGCGUUUCGUACUCUCGCCAAACCGAGUGGCGUGGUGUGACCGUGCAUAUUUUUUUCUUACUAAAGCCGGCACCAGAGGAGAGCUGGGUGUGUGUUGAAAAAUCGUAAAGAACGUUUGGUGUUUGUUCUAAAACCGCGACGGUGAGGUGACGGUACAGAUCCCCCCCACAUCUCGGCUUGACGUAAUACCAGGAAGAACAAGAACGACAAUGAAGUACACCAAAGCCACGACGAAAGCGGAUGACUAUCGCUUCACCUUAUCCGACGAGCUGCGCCUCAUCGCUCACGAGGAGUUGCGAGAAACGCAAGCUACCCGCGACCACGCGCUACAGAUGCUGCGCGAGUGGGCAGAGAAGAAUCCGCGAAUCAGUAAAAUACGAAUGGAUGCAAACUUUUUCCUCAAAUUUCUUCGCGCCAAAAAGUUCCAAAUACCGGUCGUACAGGAAAACAUCGAGCGCUACGUGCUGUUGAGGAAUGCGUUCGAAGGUGCGUUCAAGAAUCUGGACUGCCGGCAUCCGAAGAUGGCGAAACUGUUGGAUCUCGGUUAUAUGUUCGCUCUGCCGGAACGUGACCGCCUGGGACGCCGAGUGAUUUUCUAUCGACCGGGUGUGUUCGAUUUGCGUGAGUUUACCAAUGCCGAUAUGCUAAAGAUUCAUGGCAUCUGCUACGAGACACUGAUAGCGAACGAGGAAAACCAGAUCCGUGGUUUCAUCCAUGCCGGCGUUGGGACGGGCAUUGGGUUGCAGUAUCUAUCCUUAUUCACAAUCAAGGAAGCCGUCAGAAUUGCUAAGAAUGGGGAGAAAAUUCUGCCGAUGCGUCACCGCGAGAUGUACGGUUGCAACAUCAAUCCUGCCAUGAAGAUCGCUGUCGAUUUCGGGAUGUCGCUCAUAUCGCAGAAGCUGCGCGAACGGAUCCGGCUCUACACUGACAUCAAGGAUAUCGAGCUGGAGAAACGACUACUGCCCAAGGAGUACGGCGGUGAAAUGCCAAUGGCCGAAAUGAUCAGACUGUGGAAAGAGGAAGUGGAAGCAUACCGAAGCCAGCUGCUGGCUGAUGACGAAAUGUCGGUCCACCUAAACAUGUACUCCGAUGCGGCCAAGGAGGGUUCUGUGGGAUCGCUGAAAGAACCGCUGAACGGAUGCACGGGUGCCGGUGAGAGUUCGACCUACGGAUUAGCGGGCAGUUUCCGAAAGCUUGAAGUCGAUUGAGAGUGCCGAUGUAGAAUGAGGUUUUGUGGACAGGUUCAUCAACAGAGUGGAGGGUUAUUGCAUACGCUAGGUUAGUCCCGACUAUAUAGAGCGCAUUGUAUAGUGAAGCAUAUUGGGCUUGAUAUUCGUUUUAUCAAAUAAUUCCUUUGUAGUCCUGUCGUAAAAAUUGACUCUCUUUUUUAUUUUACAUUCGCUAGGGGACAUUUCAGGUAAACAGGUGUCUUCUGAAGUUUGCACAGCAAAACAGAUAACUUUCGGACUGUACUAGGUGUAGUUUAUAGCUUAUAAUUAUAAUGAACCCUUUCCUUCUCCCGAACAUUCAACGGAACUUUCCCUGCUCCCAACUCAUCUACAUGUAUUGUUCAAUAAUUCCGAAAAGACAGGUGUUUCAAGUUAACUUGGCCUGUUUGUGUGAUCACUGUAGAACCUGCGUGGCCGAUGUUCGCACAACAUUGCACGCAUUAAGGUAAUCUUGCCACAUAAUCUUUUAGAGAACAGGUUCGCUGCGCUAUUCUAAUAAAUAGACCAUUUCCAAUGCGCGUCAUUCGUUUUACAUUU